AUGGCAGCCCGUCCCGAUCCUCAUGCUGGAAUGAAUAGACUGCUUGCUCUGAUGGCAGCACACAACGACACCACCUGUGCUUCUUGCAACAACUCUCCGCCACCCGGUGAAAGCCUCAAAAUGUGCGCGCGCUGCCGUGAAUCACGCUACUGCAACAUUGACUGUCAAAAAGCACAUUGGAAACAACACAAGGGCAAUCCAUGCACAUUCGCGGCCAUCAAAAACAACCAGUUUCUGGAAACCCUCAAGUCAAGAGAUGAGGUGUACAGGUACCUUAUCGAUAUGUACCGGCUACGCGUUGAAGACGAUUACAAAUUCCUCGCGGAUCCACAUGGUCUGUACGCUGGGGGCGACCCAGUGAGAGAUUUCCGUAUAUUCCUAGCGCGGGCGGAGAGAUUGACGGGACGCGAUGAGGCGAAGCUUGCAGGGAGCGGGAAUGGGGAGUGGAAUCUGAACGGCAAGAUGAGAUGCGGUGUCCUGCCGUCCUGGUGGAGCCCCAAUACCCGCAAGGCGUGUGAGCGUCUGGCUAAAAACCCGGAAGGCAAUCAUUUUAUCGGAUACGCGGUGGAGAAGCCUGAUAUCCAAGAAAAGUAUGGCGACAGUCUUAUGCCGAUGAAGUUGCGAAUGGUCGCGGAGAAAAUCUACGGGAAGUCUGUGUCUCCAUUUUGA